AUGGUUUUUGGGGGAGAUUUCAGGGGAGAGUUUAAGGGAGAGUUUAAGGAAGAGUUUAAGGGAGAGUUUAGGGGGAAAAGAGAACUUGACACAUGCUUCACAGAGAACUCUUUAGAGGAGGCGCAGCAGCAUUGCCCUAAAAAACGCGACCAAUUGCACUCGGAUGGGCAUAAAAUGCACCUUCACAUGCCAGGCCACAGCAGUGGUGCGGCGCCUGCUUUGCCGUUGGAGCAUCAGUGUCUAAAUACACUUGCAUCUGCGUCGUCAGAGAGGUGCUCAAGGCGUUUGUCUAAAGAGGAUAAUUUGUGUGUGAAAAAUGAGCAUGGAUCAGAUGAAAAGACAUGUCUGUAUAUAAGGGCGUUUUUUUUGAAAUCUCAAGUCCCAGGCGAGCAGAAAGGAUAUGCAAUUUUAUUUCGGGCAGUUGAGGCAGCAUACUACUUUUUGCACGGAAAUAGGAUACAGGAAGAAGAAUUUGAUGCAUCUUUGGCCAAAAAAGCAAGGGAAAUAUCUUUGAAAGGCCGAAAAAAGUAUUUGAAUCAGGGUCUUUAUACUUUUUCACAGAGUCAUACUAAUAAACCACGCCCUGGUGAUUCAAAAGUAAAGGAAAUAUUUCCUUUACCUAUGUAUUAUGGUAUUGGGUUGAUGGAAAAUUUAAGGGAUUUCAAAUUGCCCUGGAAUUUGUUUGCUACAUCAAACAACUCAUGUAAACCAGGCGGAUGGAGAUAUAUUAGAAAAAAUAUUUAUGAUAAAGAGAAAUUUAAGCCUAUGUUUCGUCCCAAAUGUAAUUGUAAACCAGACUCGGGCUGUAGAGAUGGUUGUUUAAAUAGAGAGCUUUUUUAUGAGUGCGACGAUGCUACAUGUGCUCUUGACGAUCCUAAGGAAUGUACGAAUCGUGCUUUCCAACGUUAUACACAAAGAAAGUUAGAAGGAAGGCUAUCUUCCUUGAAUGCAGAGGUUGUUUGGAUGGGGAAAUGUGGAUAUGGCCUUCGUUCUCUUCGCGACUUUAACCCUGGUUCUCUUAUUUUUGAAUACUGUGGAGAAGUAAUAGAAAAAAAUGAGCUUUUUUGCAGAAUGAAUACUAUUUAUAAAGAUGUUCAAAAUUAUUAUUUUUUAAAUUUCAACGCAGGGCUGGUCCUUGAUGCAGGGUUAAAAGGGAAUGAAGCACGUUUUAUUAAUCAUUCUUGUCAACCUAAUUGCAAAAUUGAAAAGUGGUAUGUACACGGUAUUCCACGUAUUGGGGUUUUUGUUGGAGAAUCCGGAUUAUUUGCUGGAAAGCUAAAACAUAUUUCACAAUUUUAUUUAAAUAUUAAUAGUUGGUUCGAAGGAGCAAAACCACAAGUUUGUUAUUGUGCAUCUUCUAAUUGUCGUGGUUUUAUAGGGAAAAAAUCUUCUACUAAUAUUUCAAAAACACAAAUAAAAAGGAUAAGAUCUUUAAAGUUAUUAAAAUAA